AUGACCUUUAUUGCAAUACUGGUCUUUUGGGAAGCAGGACCAAGCGGGACUCUCCCAACUAAGUCACCUCUUGUAUGCCGCAAUUUUAGCUCCGAGAGAGCUUGCGGUGGCAAGACGCCUGCAGUAACACCAAGUCCCUUUGGGGAUACAGACGACGUUGCACAGGAGAUUCCUGAAUCUGCUACUCGCAGAGAACAGAAACGGCUAAAAGCAUUUUGUCUCAAGAGAGACAACUUCUGCUGCGCUAUUACCGGUCUAUAUGAUGCGGAGUAUCGAGAUAAAUUCCCUGCCAUUACUGAUGAUACCUUUCGUGAUCUGUACCAAUGCGUCUCACAUCAUUUAAGCUCCGACGUUACAAAAUUGUUCACUUCGAGCACAAAUAGCAUUGGAAGAUAUUGA